AUGGGUUUUACCAACAACAAGAAGGUGGGUCGCCGCGACAACAACAAGAGGAAGAUUGGCAAUGGAAAGUCAACUCUCGUUAAUUCCAAGUUUGGACGCAGAGCCAGUCCCAAACCACCACCAGUUGCCACUGCCCCAGCUGCCGCUGCUGCUGCCGCUGUGCUUCCUGCACGUUCGGGUACUCCACCCAUGCCUCCUCUUCAGAGCACCCGUAAAGCUCGCUGUGAAGCAUUGAUGGACAAGUGCCCUUAUCCUGGCAUUGAACGCAACCGUCACAAGUGCAGCUCUUGUGGCAUGUACUGCCAUGCCAUUGAACCUUGUUCCAAGGAGGUCUCCCCUGGAAUUCUUCAUUGUGGAGUGUGCAUGAACUUGAAAUCAGAUAGCGAAGAAGAAGAUGUGGAGCCAACCGACGAGUCACCAGACAUGUUGGCCACCCAGAAAGAUUCGUACGAUGAUGAUGACACCGACGAGGAGGUAGUUGUGGCUGCCGCUGUGGAUCCUAACAAAAAGAAGAAGGCAGACAUGGAACAGCUGUCUCAGUUUCUCAACAACACCCAGAAGCAGGAAAAGAAAACUCGCGGCAAAAACUUUACCUCUGAGGAAGACCUCUUUGUCACCGAAGCUUGGUAUGCCAGCACAGAAGAUUCUCGCAGCGGCAGUGACCAAAAGCAGGCUGACUUCAACAAGAAGUUCUUCUCCAAUUACGUGAGCAAGGUUGAUGAUCACAACGAGUACUACGAGGAACAGCUCCCUCGUGAUCGUCAGCAACGAAGUGUUGUCAAUCGCUUUGGAGUCAUCAAGCAUGCCACCAACAAACUGAUUGGUAUUGUCAAUCAGAAUCCCAUCCGCUCUGGCGAGACACCAGAAGACCACAAAGCUCGCUGCCUGGAGAUGUAUGAGCAUGCCGUGGGUAGCAAGUUCAAUUUCAUCGAGUGCUACUAUGCCCUCAAGGACUUUCCCAAGUUAUCUGCCGCGAAAGAGACUGGAAGGAAGGGAUCCGAUGUCAAAAAGCACGUCAAGAAACCUCGUGGUACUGGUAAGCGACAACAGGCUCUGGAUGACAAGAUUCAGCGUUUCAUCGACAGCAAUGGUGCCAAUGAAGGGAAGUCUGCCAUGAAGGAAGCUGUGUCGGUCAGUGAGGCAAUUGGUCAGAUCUCCACCCAUCUUGUUGACCAGGUUUCAGUCUUGCAAUGGUCGGAUGCAGAAAAAGAAGAGUACUUCAAGAACAAGCAAUGGAAAAGAAGCUCUUGCAGAAGAGAAGCAUUCUCCGGUUGCAGAAGGAAAUUGUUUCCAUGGAAAAGGAAGAUAGCAAAGAGGAAAAAACCAGCGAGAAUUCUGAAGGCUGCAAGACCACCGUUUUGA